AUGGGAACGGAAAGGGCGGAUGCCUUCCAGAAAGCGAUCGAGGAUGAACUCACAAGACGUGGUUAUACGUCUGAACCCGACUCAGUUAUGGCGGAAUAUAUCACAAUAAUGGUCAUUAAUAACAAGACCCCAGAACAAAUCACUUCGGAACUCGAGGAUUAUUCAAGUUUCAUAUCUUGGCUGUUCGAAGAAGCCGCAAAAGGCGCCUCGGGUACCGACGCUCCCCCUCCUACAUCCCCUGCUCCAGUCGCUCAAUCCCAAAGGCAACCCGGACCCUCGAAAGAAGCCCCAACGAACUCCAAUGACUCGACAUCACGGCGGCCACCAGGCGCUGGUCGCAAUGGUGUAUACCAGCAAGCAAUCUCCCAAGUAACACCUGGAAGUGCGCAGAAGCGGUCAGCGUCGGCUCGCUCUCCUUCACCGAGUCAUCCCAACAAAUCGAGGAAAACAGACCUCCCUACCGGCCCCAGAGCGAUGCAGAAGGAAAGUUCUUCCAGCAACUCGAGGAGUUUACUCGACAGGAUGGGUCCGGGUCGUGCGAAUGGUCAUUCGAGGGAUGAGAUUCAAAGAAGGAUUGAGGCUGUCACUGCAAAUGCGCCGGACGCUAGCAUGAUGAUGAACCCCGCAUUCGCCGGUAUGCCGCCUCAGGGGAUGGACAUGAACAUGAACAUGAUGAACCCCGCUAUGAUGCAGGACAUGGUCAUGAACCAGAUGGCUCUCAUGGCACAUAUGGCGACGUCAAUGGGCUUGCUCAAUCCCGCGACUGGUCAAUUCAACAACCCUGGAUUUGUCAUGCCGAAUGGGAUGGGAGGGGAUAUGGCGAUGAUGCAGAAUGGGUUCCCGGGACACGGUCCGCAUGGAGGACCUCAGCGAGGGCGUGGCAGUGGAAGAGCAAGAGGUACUGGACGGAGAGGGAACGCACCAGCUCCAGGGUCGACGCAUGCCUCUCAAUCUCAAGAGACCACCGCUGAAGCCGCACCUAUCGCUGCCCCUGUUCCCGUUACCCCGUCCCCGAUCACACCAACUGUUUCUGCGUCCGGCGCAGCUGCUGAGACGAAGCCCGUGGGCACAUAUGCCAUCCCCGAGCGACCUCAAUCACCAACGCUGUGCAAGUUCGGCACUAAGUGCACCAACGUCCACUGUCGCUAUUCGCAUCCUUCACCGGUAGCCACGGCGGAAAGUGGUAUUGUGCUGAGCAACGAGCCUUGUGAACAGGGCAAGGAGUGCAAGGAUAAGGAUUGUACGAAGGCUCACGUCAGUCCAGCGGUUCUGAAUCCCAAAGCGGAGGCAGCGGUUCCGAAUGCCACAGCACCACCCCCGCGACACUCACAGCAGAGCGGCAUUCCGUGUCGCUUUGGUCUGGCUUGCACACGACCAGGCUGCUCUUACUCCCAUCCACCUCGACAACCUUGCCGCUUUGGCGCCGCUUGCACUCGGGCCAACUGCACCUUCCAACAUCCUCCAGGUCGUGUGCUGCCAUCCACGUUCCAUCGCGGAUUGUCCACAUCAGGCGGAAUGGUCAACGUCACCACACCUGAGACUGGUUCCAUGGGCGGCGCAAGUCAUAACAAAUCUAUGACGUUUAACGUCUCUGCGACGUCGAAGAAGGAAGACUUGGAGAAAAAAGUGAAGGAGCUUGAAGAGCAGAAGCAGCAGAUGGAGAAGGCGAUGAAGGAAGCCGCAAGCAAGAAGGCCGAUAACAAGCCUGUCGCUCUUGCAGCCUAG